GGUGCGCAUAGUUUUCCGCGUAUAUUUUAAAUUCGUAAACUGUUGUGUCGUGCGAGUUCCAAUUUGCCGGAAAUUCGCUUCUCAUCGACUACCAGUGGAUUCGCGAUCAAGAAAAAUUGUCCGCUGCUACGUGAUUGUUCCCGUAUAAUUCCAGUUUUCCAAAUAUGUCGGACGGCGAUAUAUCGCCCAAGCUUUCCGGACGCUUCUUGGAGCCGGGCAAUCUCAAGAGCCGAGUGUCGAGACUACAAGUGAUGCUGGAAACCGACAACUUUACGCUUGACACCGAGUGUCUAUUGCAAACGCUGGAACAGUGUUUCCUUACUUGCGCGGCCGAAUUGCUCGACGAGCAAAUUUUUCGAAAAAUAUUACCGAAAGCUCAUCGUUCGCUAUCGCAGGUCGUGAAAGCCAUCGACGAAAGAAUAAGCGAUAAUGAGAAAAUCGGCAAUUUGGACGACGUGAAGCGUAAAUUGCACUUCUGCGACGGGCUGCUCGUUUUUUGGCGGAAGUGUGUGGAGCACGUUUCCGCGCUCAAAAAAAUUCGAGCUCUUCAUGUCGCAUCAUUGUGCAGUAUUCUGCCCGAGACGAUAAAGAUCAUCUUCGAACAUUGCAAAACCAGCCCCAAGACCUAUGGGGCGUUAUUGAGCAGCGCCAUGCAGGAGCUGAAGAAUUUGUUUUCGCGGGCGAGUGCGAUCUUCAAGCUAUUCUUUGCUACUUUAGACGGCGUAAUCGUCUUCGACACGGAUGUGGAAUCGGAAACGGAGCUGUUGACGAAAGUGGUGGAUGCGUAUGGUAACAUCGCUUCGAUCGCGUACGGGAUGGACACGAAAACGCAUAUUGAGAUAUCAGAGGCAUUCGCUAAGUUAGCUGUUGACAAUCAGAACGAUAUAAAAUGUGCGUCACCGAGCAGCGUGGCGACACACCUUGCUCAAAUGGCGAAAGACGCGUCUUGUCUUUUGUCCACGAUCAAGGACCAGAACGAUAAGAACAUGGAGCGAACUACAGUGGCUACCAUGCGUUUACUGAAAAUAGUCGAAAAAUUAACGGCGGUUUACGGCACAUUUUUCGCAUGCGAGACGCUAUUAUAUCUGAUCGAACUUUCCACGAGAAUGCACGGAUAUUCAUACUUGAAUCUAACCAAAGGCGGCGGGAGAAUAAUAUCGGUCAAUACUGCAUCCUUUUUAGAUAUCAUUUUCGAUCAUGAUGAUUUUAAACAGGCAUAUUUCGAAUACGGGAGAAAGACCGAUGUGUGUCGGUUGAAUUACCAUUUGCUGACGAUCACCGUCAUGAAGAAACUGAACAGCAUACCCUACGAGCGCCACUGUAAAUGGUAUCUAGGCAUGAACUCGAUCUUAGACGUCGCGUUCACUCAUAUAGAACAUCUCCAAGGAGAAAUCAUAGUUGGGGAAUUACGACUGCCAGGCAAUCACGAAAUCGGUGAACGGCCGCGACUGGCCGGCAUUUACGAAGCGACUUUGGUGCCCAUCUGCGACCUGGUCAGCCAGAUCCCCUCGGAAGCCUUCCACGCGCUGGAGCUACUCUUGUUGAAACAUUUGUUGUCCGGACGCUUUUGGAGCUCCCUAUUGAGUUCGGACGUUUGGUGCUUCAUUGGCAGGCUCAGCACUUCGCAGCUAUGUGCUGAUCAUAUAAAAUAUUUGAUACGGGUCGCUGCUGCCUUGACGGAAAGGCGCAAUACUGUAGAAGUGGUCAUGCUGGACAUCAUGAUCGGCAGACUCUACGAACUGCUAAGCGAAGAUGCGAAAUCCGCUUUGCUAGACGAUCUCGCCGAUUUAGAUGCAUCUACUUUCGAUACUCCUACCUUGCACUGGCUUGCGGCGAAAGUGAAGGGUUCCCAUCCGAAACAUUUAAUAUAUAAAAUAGACGACCUGUCAAAAGCCUUCUCGGACUUGCGGGAACAUCCUACUACGCGCAAUUGGAAACAUCUUAUGCAGCGUCUAUCUACAAUGCAGGCGGUCGAUUAUAGCGAUAAUAGAGAUAUCAAUGACGUCAUGGCUAAAAUGUGGAGUUUUGUGGCAGAUGCAAUUAUCGAGUGCGAAAGCAGGCAACUCGACCUAUUAUCCGAUUUUGUGGUUACCCUUCUCGACGGCACUCAUCUCGAUAAUCUUCGAGACAACGUCCUUGAUUCGGUCUUGAUGUCCAUCGCGGUUGCGUGCACUUGCAUGCCAUCUCGAGUGAAGAUCAAACUCUGCCAGUAUUUGCGACGGAGUGUCGAGAAUCUCGAUCGUUGCGAGGAUUCAGAUGUGUCCACUUUAACGAAACUGUUCAGUCGCUUGUUGGAAGAUGAAAAUCCCUGGGUACUCCAGGAAACUCUGGAGUCCUUUGAACGCAUAGGACAUACCUGCUCGAAGCGACUUGUUGUCAAACUAGCGAAAGGUCUGGCGAAGAUACCCACCAUCAGCAAUAUCAUGCAGGCAUAUUUAUCUUGUACACCGCACUAUGUGCUGGAAGGUUUUCUGAAUGCGUGCGACUAUCUCGGGCAUAUAUCUGAAGCAACCCAAGGCCAUUGCGAGCACAUGUGCUACGAACACGGAGAAUCAGAAAGAGAGGAGAAAAUCCCAAGACUGGAGGAGAACUCGCAAAAUAUCGCGCCGGUGUUGAUACAACUGGAUGAGCAAGCAGAGCAAAUGUACAAACGACUAACAGAGGCUUUAGAAGGACGAGCUAAUGUCAGCGAAACAGUCUGUAGAAAACUCAUAACUGUCCUGGAAAAAAUUCUAAACACUUCUAACUAAAAUUUCGCAGAAACGGCAUCAUUAAAGUGAUAAACUUAGAAACAUUGUCCUAACGAUAAAAAUAUUUUAUCGCAAGAAGAAACGAUAGUGAUAAUUUAGAGAACAGAAAUAAACAUAUGUAAAAAUAUUGGCAGUAAAC